AUGCGGAGAAUUUUAAGAAAGGUGGCCAACAGGAUCUAUAACGAUAUGGGAGAUACGUCGACUUUGGCAGAACCAGAAGUUGUCGAGGCCAUUGUUAUGAGAGCGAGGGCUCAUCAUGGCGAGGAUAUGAGGAAGGGAACUUUCUCAACGCACUUACAAUGA